GGUCAGCGAGCCCGCCCGGGGGCAGGAGGAAAACCGGGAUAAAGAGUUUUCUGCGCACAGAAAUAGGCUAAGAAACGGGAUGAGGGAAAAAGCGGGUUUUGUUUUCCUUAUCCAAGGGGAUGUUGAGAGUUGAAGAGAUCUUUGCUCUGCUCCUCUCCCUCGUUCCAGGCGCAGCUCCUGCCCCCGCCCGACCCGCCGGGCCCUCGGGCAGCAGCACCCAGGUCUGGUCCGAUUUCCUCAGCGUGCGCCUGCACCCCAAGAGCAUCUACGUCAUCCGACAGUACAUGCACGAUGGGGAGUGUGGUUGCCUAGAAGCCUUUGGACAAGGUGAAAGGCUGCUGCAGGAUCCCAGCUGCCUAGAGGAGUUGGAAGAUCGGUUGCACUUCUAUGUUGAAGAGUGUGAUUAUCUGCAGGGAUUUCAAGUCCUCUGUGACCUACACGAUGGAUUCUCUGGAGUUGGUGCCAAGGUGACAGAACUGCUCUACGAUGAGUAUUCAGGAAAAGGAAUCCUGACUUGGGGCUUAACUCCAGUCCUGAGUAACAUGGGAGAUCACCAGAAGAACUUUUACAGACUGAUGAACACAGCGCUAGGAAUCGUCCACCUCUCCAGCCACAGCUCCCUCUUCUGUCCCCUGUCGCUCAGUGGGAGUCUCGGAAUCAGGCCCCAACCUCCCCUCACCUUCCCGUACAUAAACUACGAUGCCUCGCUGCCCUACCACAGCAGCGCAAUCCUGGCAGCCGCGCUCGACACCCUCACUGCUCCGUACCGGCUCUGCUCCUCUCAGGGCUCCAUGAUGCACCUCGCUGAAACGCUCAACUUCUCAGGGAGAAAGGUUGUGGCUGCGUGGGCUUCUCUUCCCUUUCCUGCCCUACGUGGCUGCUCGCUCCCCGAUACUUUACAUGCCUACCAGCAGGACGUGCCCUGGAAGCUUCUGUCUUCAUGCAGGGAGCAAAAGGUCAGCUGCUGUUUUGCUCAGUCUGUUGUGCUACGAGGAGUUUGCAAAGAAAGUCACAGCAGCUGUCCAGGAAAGCAGCCCCCUUCUCCCCUCCACGCUUGUGAGAGCACGGAGCAGGUUCUCCAGCAUUACUUACACACUCUGUUUCCUGGGGCAUUCAGCACAUCCCACGUGCUCGAGCAGCCAUGUCACACCCUUCCUCCCUACCCCCAGUUUUUUUCUCCUCUUCUUACCAGACAAGGCUUCCUCCAGGACAAACCUCCCAGUUAUUCCUCAGCAGCAGUGGAGAGCAUCCCUGUCCUGGCGGGCCUGCAGUCCUCGCCCACCCUGCGCACGCUCCUCCGCAGCCUGCACCAGGACCUGCACCAGGCCGACGUGCGGCGCUGGCCCAGCUUCUUCUCUGCUGGGGUCGAGCACGAGGACUUCCAGGAGGCCUUGCAGGAGCUGAGGACUUUAGCCCAGUGCUAUGAAACGGGGUUUGAAGCAGAUGAAUCUGAAGAUGAAGCAGAUUCAGACUAACUCACCUUUAUUACUAGAGAUACUGGAAGUAAGAAUAUCUUUAAGAUCACUUUCAAAAUAAAGGGAAUGGCUUUAAAGAUGGUAUUUUCUUUUCAUUUCAUCAAAAUCCUGUUACAAAGGCUGGCUUAAAGUCCUCCAGCUACUUGCAGUUGUUUUAUAAAGGAGGAAUGCUGCUUUUGGGGGGCUGGUUUUGGAUGUUUGGGUUUUUUUUUUUAAAACUCUGCAAAGUGGAUUUCUUCUGCCUGUUAGAAUAAGACCACACAAUAAAUACAGAAUUCAGAUUGUAACUUUCCCACGUACAAUCAACACAAGGGGAAAAAAAAAACUUACAAAAAAACCCAUGUGUUUGUUCCACAUGAAAACAGACACUUUAUGGUACAAUAUUUACAUGUUCCUCUCAAAGGCUGGUGGCCCAGUCUUCACCACGGAGUGAGGUCAGCGUCCACAAGCAUCACUUCUGUCAUGUCACUGUCAGCUCCCCAGGUGGGUUUCUAGAGAAUGUUACCACCCUACCCCCUUCCUUCAUUCCUUUAGUUUCAUACAGGUUGAGAAGCACAGCUUGUCAGAAGUGUAGCAGGAAGUGAACCACAAAAAAAAAAAAAAAAAGGCUAUCUUUAGUAC